GGAGUGACGAGAGAGGGGCCUGGAACUAGAGUAAAUAGAGGAAAAAAAGCAAAAGCUAUGAUAACAGUUGGGCAGUAGAAAUCUUUCAUUUUAGUCAUUCUUCUUGGUUUGUUUGGACAUCGUGUUGGGAGUGAGUUGUUUAGUCGAGAUCAGAGUUUGGCAGACAAUUCGAAUUAUGGCAAUCGAGCAAGAGGAUUUCAGCUUGACAGAAAUCGACCGUGGGUUGUUUUUGUGCAGAGAACGAUUCUAUGUUUCAGGAAACCAAGCAAAUUUAUGGAUUGUCAAGGGUUCUGCUAUGGAUUUGGUCAUCGAUACAGGCAUAGGACUUUGGGAUUUGCCUGGCUUCCUAAAACGAGCUGGAGCGAUUGGAGAUAAACCAUACUUGGCUGUGGCGACGCAUAUUCACUUUGAUCAUUCGGGCGGCCUUCAUCAGUUUGAAGAGUUCGCCAUUCAUCGACUAGAAGCCAAAGCUAUUCAAAAAGGAGACAACUAUGAAACUUGUGCUUUCAUGAACGACUCAGAUAUUUCUAAGCCACCCUGUAAAAAUUGGUCGGCAAAGAACUACAAAGUCCCUGCGGCUGAGCCGACUCGCUUACUCGACGAUGGAGAUGUUUUGGACCUUGGGAAUCGAAAGAUUCGUGUGUUACAUCUGCCUGGCCAUUCAAGAGGAAGCAUAGCUCUUUAUGAAGAUGAAACCAGAACUUUAUUCAGCGGGGACAUCAUAUACGAUGGACUCCUUAUCGACUGGUUACCGUAUAGUAACGUUUCUGAAUAUGUUAAAUCAUGUGAAACACUGUUAACGCUUGCUCCGAGUGUAGAUAGGGUAUGUCCUGGGCAUAACAACCACUUCACCGGUAGUACUUUACAAAGACUGCUUUUUACAUACAUCUCGAAUGCAAGAGGAUGCCAUAGGCCAGGUUCUAGUUGUCUCAAAUCUAUAGCAACUGUUGUGUUGAAGGGCAGAAAUACAGGUAACGUCCCGGCAAAAUGCUGCUUUUUUGCGUGCUGUUGUUGUCGAUGUGUAUGUCUUUAGCUACGUGACUACUAGUAAAAGGGAAACACUUUUCAAGUACUUUUAUUUCUACACUUACGUCUCAAGAAAAAGAAACUUCAAAUCUACUCAUCUAUUACCUAUAGCUCUCACGCUUUGCCUAAAGUACAAGAAAAUGCAAAAAGGGUUAAAAACCUGAUGAAAAAGGAAGGAAAAUGAAAAGCCAUGGAAAAAAUAAAACAGGAAAAAAAAUCAACAAUUGAAAGUUAAUUUAUUCAAUAUAUUUAUCUGUGCAAAGGGAAGUCACUCUUGAAAGAUCCUAAUUGAUUACUAAUUCAACUGCCCUACUGUCAUCUUUUCUUGAAAUAUAAUUUAAAAAAUAAUUUUCAUAUUCAGAAAUUAAAGGAGCAUUGAAAGCUGUAAAUCUUUGAGUGUGUCAUCAGUGACAUCCAUAAAUAUAUAUGCAAUACAUGCACGGUUGUAAUUAAGUUAUUCAUGUAGCCCUGAAGAUGGCCAAUAUGUCUGCAAGCUUGGCAAGAAAAUACAAUCUUUAAACCUAAUGGAUACGAAUCGUUCACUAAUACAUGCAAGCUAAAUGAAAUGGCAGUUAUCUGCCAUCAAGAAAGAAAACAGGCAGAAAGACUGUUUUUGGAGGUGUCAUCUAAUAAUAAAAAUGUUUAUUGCUUUCUCACAAGAAUUGAUCUCACCUAUAUCAAGAAAAACUAUUGAGACAAACUAUUGAGUUUUAACUUAUUAGCCACAAAAACUAAAAAAAAUUCAGGACAAAAUUUGAGGUAAAAGAACUAUCAGCAAAAAUUAAGGAUUUAAUUAAAAUUUGCCAUCAACACUUGCCCACACAUAUUGUGAAAAGACUAUGCAUUAAAUCCUGUCAACAAAGCUUCACAAAUAUUUGAAAUGAGGUAUUGCCAUUAUUAUUUUAUGCGAUGGCUUAAGAAUAGGGCCUCCUUCAAACUGCUGAACAUAACCAGGUGAUUUUCUCCCUUUUGAGUAAAAGCUGCUGAGUAAAAGUAUGUAAUUGGAAACCUGAAACUGGGGAAAAAAUUUGACUAUGAACAGAAUGUUACUGAUUGGCUAAUACCUUAUUUUUUUGGACUGAGAAAAUUAAAUCACUUGGAAAUCACCUAGUAUUUAAAAAUUCAUUUAAGAGAACAUUAUUACAAAACCAAACAUGCACUAAAGAUAAUUAUGAACAGAAUUACAUGAUUCAAAAAGGAAUUCAAGCUUUAAAACAAUAUUUGAAAAAAUGAAAAAAAUAGAAAAUGAUAAUAAUAAUUAUCAAUUAUUGAAGAAUGUUCUACAACUUAAAAGUCUCCUAAUUUCAUAUAGAAGUAUACCUUAUCUUAAAAUGUUGAGUUUAAAAUACUCUUAAGACCUCAAAGAUAAAGGAAUUCUGAUGAUUCUCAAAUAAGAGAGAAAUUUGUGCUAUAAGUUAGAGUAUAUAUAUUAAUAAUGUAUGCUUCAACAUAAAUUAUUAAUUUUUGAGAAAUACUUUAUUAUCUUAGCCAUUUUGUUUUAGCUUCUAUAAACUGGAACUGAUUAUGAAAUGGAACUAUUAUAAGCAAUUGUUCACAUGUACCAUUAACUUAAUUCGGAUGUCAUACUCUUGUGUAGUAGCAAUAUAUAUACAUAUAUACGUGUACAUAUGCACAAAAACAAUACUAAUAAAAUUAGUUCAUGACACA